AGUUCAACGCGAUCGCUACGACAGCGCGGACCUACGCCGUAGCUGCUUGACGUAGAGCGCUCUACGCGAGCACGACAACUUUCCAAAAAUUAUUAACUUUGUUUUAAUGUAAUAAUCUUAGUGUAAGUAAUUUUAAUGUAAUUUAAUAUAAGCGAGUUAGUGUUUCGUGUAUUGUAUAGGUUAGUAACUGUAUAGUGCAUACGGUAACCUACUUAAUGCUUCUUCAUAAAGGGGAGGUAUCUCAGACUAAUUGUAACGAUGUUGCGCCAUCAUGCGGAGCGGUAAUGCCAUGGAGUUGUCAGCGAUUUUGCUGGUGCUGCUACAUCUGUCGAUGAAUGUCGUUGAUGAAGGACAUGCCGUCAAUCCUAGUUGUGAGUGCAUCCGCUUCACUUCAACAUACGGCAAAGAGCGUGGAACAUUCAGCAGCCCCGACUACCCGCGACCGUAUCCGCCGCACCUCUCCUGCGUACUCUACACAUUCAUCGCUGCACCACACGAAAUCGUGGAAAUCAUCUUCACGGACUUCGAUAUCUACAAGGACCCUAUCGAUUGCGCUCGUGGAGACUACCUGAAGGUGUAUUGGGAGGUCCAAGGUCCUGGGCCGCCUGGAGCAGUGAACGAGCGCUCGGCCUGGGCAAGAGAGUUGUGCGGAGGCAGACCUGAUGCGCCUCCAGCCCUUUACUCCCCGGGGCAAGCGUUAGUUUUGGAGUUUCACUCUGGUCCGAGGCGGAGUAACGCCACCGGCUUCGUUGGAACAUACAGCUUUAUUGACAAACGACUCUUCGAUACGGAUGGCGUCCGGAUCCCGGGCACGGAAUGCGACUACCAGUUCAGCCGUUCCGGGAGCCGUCCGCAGCACGGCCGGCUGUACAGCCCUCGCUACCCGUCCAUCUAUCCCAACAACGUGCGAUGUACUUAUCACUUUCACGCAAGGCCAAAGGAGCGCGUGAAAGUUGUCUUCGAAGAAAUUUCACUUCAAAAAGGUGACCUCAGUUGCCUCCGAAGAGCGGAUAUCAUCAAGGUGUUUGAUGGCCGGGACUCGAACGCGCCUGCGAUCGCAAUGCUAUGCAAUGAACUGACUGGUUACGAGGUGCUGUCAACGGGACCCGCACUACUGCUGCAGUUCACGGCGAAUUCGGCAACACCAGGCCAGGGUUUCGCGGCCACCUUCCACUUUCAACCGCCCCCUGAUUCGACGGCUGCUGAUUCAGAUCGUCUCCUGAAACUCAGCUUCGGUAAAGCCUUUGAAUCCCUCGGGCCUGAAGUAAGCGCAACAACAUCAUCCUGCCACCAAGAAUUCAACAGUGAUACGACGAAGCAUGGAACACUGACUUCUCCUCAUUAUCCCACUCCAUAUCCACCGAACACACAUUGUCAUUACGAAUUCUUCGGGAGAGGAAAAGAAAGAAUAAGAUUAAUUUUCCUGGACUUUUUUCUAUAUAAAACAGCUGAUGGCACUUUGGACUGUACGAAUACGGACUCGCUACAAGCGUUCAUUAAUGUGGACGGAAGAUUGGAAAAAGUACAGACGUUUUGCGGAAUCGAUCUCCCAAAGCCUAUCAUGUCUAACGGUCCAAAACUGAUGUUAGAGUUUCGGGGCACGCAAUCGUCUAGAUACGUUAGAGGAUUUAAAAUUGCUUAUUCUUUUGUUGAAAAUUUUGGAAUUUCAUCUGGGAGGCAACUCAAAGAGUUUCCCUGCGCCUUCGUAUAUAACAGUACAGAAAAUCGUAACGGUACCUUCGCAUCCCCUAAUUCACCAGGACCAUAUCCUCGUGAUACAGAAUGUACAUAUUUUUUCCACGGCGGUGAGACCGAGAAAGUGCAUCUACAUUUCACCAAUUUCGAUGUAGAAGGAGUUUUGCCCUGUGAAGCUGUAUCGGCAAGUGAUUACGUCGAAUUUUCUAAUUACAUGACUGAAGACAAUAGAUACGGCAGAUAUUGUGGUCAAAUGAAAGAAUUCCAUGUUGAAUCCGAAAGGAAUUUCUUCAAAGUAACUUUUCGUUCCAAUGAUAGAUUGGAUGGAGCUGGAUUCAAAGCCAUUUAUCAGUUUCUAGAAGCAACUGAUGAAUAUCAGGCACCUUCAGUUCAAGAUAAAGCUUCAUGUUCAUUGUAUAAAAUCUCCAACCUUCAGAAUAUUCUGGCGAUUUCGCUGCUACAAUAUUUACUAUAUCAUUAACAAAUAAAAGUGAUAUUAGAAUUAUGAAUUUAGCUUUUAAUCCUGUAUAUUUGUAAUAUAGUACGUGCCAUUCAUGACAAUUAUGUAAUACAUAGUAGUAUAUUGAUGUAGUAUUUUCUAUCAAAUUGCGAUUUUCGUUAUCCUCUAUUAAAAGCAACGCAAUGAUUAAAUGUAACACAAUAAAGGUUAAUAAAAUUAUGGCACAGUACAAACAAA